UCGUCCGAGUUAUUCCUAUCUCCAGUUGCCUCCUCGUUGCAGCAGUGAGUGAUUGCAGAUUGCAUAGUUGAACAUUAGCGAGAUUUCUUUGGGAGUUGCUGUUCGGAACAGAAGGAACGUUUUGCUGUAUAAGAGAGGAGAAGAGGAUUGAAAUGUCUUUUCCAAGUCGUUAUGUGAUGUCUAUAUUGCUGUUGGCAUCAGUUGUGCUACUACUUCAGAAAUUUACGGCUGGAAUCAACGUGUAUCGGCCGUUUGGUCGCAACUGGCACGUUCAGUCUGCGUUCAGGAGCGGCUCCCCAGGGUACGAACCUUGCCCGCCCAUCCCCGAGCAGCCGUACGUCUCUUGUGCUGAGGUGAAGUCGAACUGUCCUCCCGGCACGCGCUGUUAUCCGCCCCAAGUCCGUCUUCCCGAGCCAUGGUACAUCCCCAGCCGAUGCCGCCGAUACUCUCCGCCUAUUUUGUGUGUAGUCAAUGAGGAAGAAUAG